AGCUGCCACGGAUGGGACUGCCGUGGCAACUUUCGGGCACUUUCCCACCUAAAAACCGAGAAACAAACGCGCCCUAAGUUGCUCAGGCCGAGCAUGUAGGCUUAUGUUCGUACUACGAGCUACUCGUGAUUAUUUCAAUCUUUGUCAUCCGUUUUAUUGAAUACACGUGGAUCCAAAAGGAGCUCACCCGAUGUCCUCUCUUCCAUCCAUCGCCCAAACCCAUCCCUCCUCCAACCUGCAGGCUCUCUUCUUCUCUUCUGCCGAUGCUGUCGAUUUCAUCAAUUCCUGUGGCGGCCGAAGAGACCUCAAGCUCGUCACCUCUCUCCACGGCGCCAUUGCGAAAUCUGGCCUCCUAAGCUCCAACCUCUGCGUUGCCAACUCCCUCCUCGAUGCCUAUGCAAAAUGCGGCAGCCUGGUCUGCGCUCGCAAGGUGUUUGAUCAAAUGCCUAAAAAAGAUAUCAUCUCUUGGGCAUCUUUGAUUUCUGCCUACUGUAGUAAUAGGUCGCCUGGCUCUGCUCUUUCCGUCUUCUUGGAUCUACUUUCGGACGAAAACUCCCUUACCCCUAAUGAAUUCACCGUCGCCGCAGUCAUAAAAUCCUGUGCUUUGCUAGCUGAUGAGAAGUUGAGCGGAGCAUUGCACGGCUACGUCAUAACUAAUGGGUUCUCUGGUGAUGCCUUCGUGUCCAACUCUUUGAUCAAUAUGUACACAAAGCUUGGUUUGAUAUCACACGCUGAGAAAUUUUUAUAUGGGUUGAGUUGCAGAGAUGUGGUCUCUUGGAGUUCGCUAAUUUCAGGUUGCGUGCUUGCCGAAACGUUUGAAAAGGCCUUAGUUCUGUUCUCUUUGAUGUUAGAAGAUAAUGUCCAGCCAAAUUUGGUGACGUUGCUGAGCAUUAUUCGCGAUUGUUCGUUGACGGGUGAGCAUCAAAACUUCGGUUGCGUCCACGGCUGGGUUUUGAAAUUGGGAUUGGUCUCAGCAUCUGCACUACCCAAUUCUCUUGCGGAGAUGUACUCUAAGAAUGGGUUUGUUAACGAGGGCUUGAAGAUUAUGACUUCGACCGGCGUCGAGUGCUUAGAUCCUGAUGCCAUCGCAGCCCUCAUUCAUGGUUGCACCGUUUCAGGAUCCUUCAGUUGUGGAGAACAACUCCAUGGGCUACUGAUGAAGUCCGGCUUCUUUCCGUGCGUUAUCAUAGAGAACUCUCUCAUUGAUUUCUAUGCUAAGAAUGAACGUGUUUCUUCUGCAAAUUCAAUAUUCAAUCAAAUGGAAAGCAGAGAUAUAGUAUCUUGGAACACGAUGAUUUCAUGCUUUAUUAAGAAUGAUCGUGCAUUUGAAGCCUUAGAACAUCUAACUGAGCUCCACAGCAUUAACAGAGGCGAUCUAGCGCCAGACUCCAUUUCAAUACUGUGCUCGAUUCAGGCUUGUUCUGAGCUUGCAAAUCUGCAACAGGGAAAAAUACUCCACGCAUAUUCAAUUAAAUCAGGCUUCAACUCCGAUAUUUUCAUCUGUAACGCUCUCAUUGACAUGUAUGCAAAAUCAGGCAGGCUCGAUUUUGCCAAACAAGUAUUCAAAGAUGCAGAUCCAAAGGACAUCGGUUCAUGGAAUUCAAUGAUCCAAGCGUAUGGAAUCCAUGGAGACGGCCGCUCAGCUCUAAACCUCUUCACUCAACUCAAAAAACUCGGACAACGCACGCCCAACGCCAUAACAUUCACAAACAUCAUCUCAGCUUGCAGUCACUCGGGAUUAACAAAAGAAGGCAUCAAUUGCUUUGACAUGAUGCAAACUGAAUACAACAUCAAACCAAAUAUGGAUCAUUACGGUUGUAUGGUCGAUCUUUUGGGUAGAUCAGGAAAGCUCGAAGAAGCGGAGAAAUUCAUUGAUAACAUGCCGAUUGAUGCCAGUUCGGAUGUCUGGGGGGCUUUACUGGGUGCUUGUGGUGUUUUUGGUCAUGUUGAGAUUGCGGAGAGAGCAGCAGAGAAGUUGGCAGUUUUGGAGCCUGAUGGUUUAGUCUGGAGAGUGGCAUUGUCGAAUGUGUAUGCGAAUGCGAGGAGAUGGGUGGAUGUCGGUAGUUUGAGGAAGGAGAUGAAGAGGGGAGGCUGGACGAAGGAGGCGGGAUGGAGUUUGGUUGAAGUGGAGGGAAAGGGGAGGUUUAAGUUUGUUGUGGGGGAUACUAGGCAUUUUGAAAGUGAGAGGAUUUAUGAGGUGUGGAGGAGUUUCAAGGAGCAUAGUAUAGAUGUUCAUUAGUUGAGAGGACAGAGUGAAAACUUAUGUGGAGGUGUCUAAAUCUUGUUCGAACAUUGUUCAGGACAAAUGUCUUAACUAUUAGUGUUUCAGUAAAAUAAACUAAUUUGUGACUGUCAAGUAUCAUUUCAAUUUGAGGAUACAACUCUAUGA